AUGUGGACUCGCGAAAUACUCUUCAUUGAGAUGUAUGCUGGACAGCUGCUCUGCGAGGUGUCAAAUUGGUUCCUUAAGCAUGCGGUGAGGCAAGAGCGCCCCGUCGAUGAAUUGGGAGCCGGCUAUGGCUUCCCUUCUUCUCAUAGCCAGUGGAUGGGAUAUUUCACGGCGUUUUUAUAUUGCCAUUUCUCUUUCCGUCAUCGAUUUAUAUCCACGGGAUAUCUGGCGCUUGAUUUGAUACGGGUGGUGGUCUUGUAUUUCAGUCUGGCCAUAUGGGCCGGUGGCGUCGCAUAUUCACGAUUCUACCUGUCGUAUCAUACGAUACCUCAGGUACUUUGGGGACUGGGCCUUGGCGCUCUUUUCGGCACCUGCUACUAUACCCUUGUCGAGCUCUUACCCUCACGGUAUCCGCAUUCCGUGCUUGGCAAGAUGAAGGCCGCCGUUAUUGCCAAUCCUGCAAGCACAUGGUUCCGCAUGAGGGAUAGCUGGGCAGUAUGGGCAGAUGGUGGAGUGGAGGCACAGUGGUUGCGCUGGAGAACCGAGUGGUGCCGCAUUCGGGCAGAAGUGAGAGGUGAGAAGAAGAGGACAUGA